GGAAGGCUGAGGGGGGAGACACUGUUGCCACCGCCAGGACAAGCAGCAUGUAAAGACUCUGCAAGAUCCCUGCAGAACCAGUGUUCUAUCCUAGAUCCACAGUCCAUCUGCUCUAAGCACUUAGCUGCUCCAGUCACAAAGGACUUGCCUCCAGCCUCAUGCUGCUGUGGUCACUGCUUCUGGUCCUUGCUCCUGUCGGAGUCCAAUCCGACUGGCUGAGCAUCAGCAUGCCACAACGUGUUUAUGAAGGAGACCAUCUAGAUAUAAGGUGCACGGGAAAGAAGAAUGGUGACAUAAAGAGACUAAAGUACUUCAAGGAUGGAUCUCAUAUAGCUACUUACAGCAGUGCUUCGAGCUACACCAUUUCGAAUGCAAGAUUCAGUGACAGUGGCUCCUAUUUCUGUAAGGCAGACAGGAAAUUUUUCCUAUUUAUAGACACGACAGAAGAAACAAGAUCUAUGUGGCUUAAUGUCCAAGGUAGGGGAUCAUUCCUCAAGUGGAUGUGUCUAGGGAGAAGAGUGCCUAUGUAGGAGAGCCCAGGCACAGGACAUAUGACACUAACCAGGGAUGGAUAAAUGGUGAUGGGCUGUCUGUCCUGGAGUAUGGAUAUGUGUGUCUUGUAGAUGUAA